ACGUACGAUUUAGAGAGGGAAGCGUCCUCCAACGGAGGCCCAGAGCGCGAACCAUUUCCAGGUCGUUUAGUUCUUCUUCUUUUUUUCUUCUUCAUCUUCGCUGGAGAAAGUACCUUCGAUUCUCUCUCUGCCUGCAUCUGGCAUUCGCUGGAUAGAAAUCAAGGCAGGGCCAUGAGGACUUCUCUGAAAAAGCUGCGAGGGUUCGCACUUCACCACAGGCACGACGACUCCAAGUACAGGCAAGACGUACAUCCUUCGGGUCAAGCUCAAUGCGACGAGCUUGCGGAGGCUUCGCAGGACAUGUAUGACAUGAGAGGCUGCUAUGAUAGCCUACUUUCCGCUGCUGCAGCAACAGUAAACUGUGCAUAUGAAUUCUCAGAGUCAUUGCGGGAAAUGGGUACUUGUCUUCUUGAGAAAACUGCAUUGAAUGAUGAUGAAGAAAGUGGUAAAGUUUUGCUAAUGCUGGGAAAAGUGCAAUUUCAACUCCAAAGACUUAUUGAUAGUUAUAGAUCCCAUAUUGUGCAGACUAUCACAAUCCCAUCAGAAUCGCUUCUCAAUGAGCUUCGAACAGUAGAGGAGAUGAAGCGGCAAUGUGAUGAAAAAAGAAAUGUGUAUGAAGACAUGGUUACAAGGCACAGAGACAGAGGGAGGUCAAGAUGUGCAAAAGGAGAGAUGUUUUUUUCAGAGCAGCUACAAGCAGCUCAAGAUGAAUAUGAUGAGGAAGCAACCUUGUUUGUUUUUCGUUUGAAAUCACUAAAGGAGGGACAAUCUCGUAGUCUUCUUACGCAGGCUGCUAGGCACCAUGCUGCUCAGUUGUGUUUCUUCAGGAAGGGACUCAAGUCUCUUGAGGCAGUUGAGCCGCAUGUAAGAAUGGUCACUGAACGGGAGCAUAUUGAUUAUAAUUUCACUGGACUUGAAGAUGACGGGGAAGAUGGUGAUGACAGCAAUGAUGACGAAGAUAGCUAUGAUGCACUUGAUGAUGGGGAAUUGAGUUUCAAUUAUGGACUGAUUGACCAAGGACAAAAUGUUUCGGCAUCAAGAAACUUGAGGGAGGAAAAGUUAGUUAAAAGCCAAGGUGAUGUUUUUUUAUUUAGUAAAGAACUUAAGGUAGGCAGCCAAUCAGCCCCACUUAUUGCUGAGAAGAAAUUGGAUCUUGCUGAAAGGAUGGGACAAAUGCGGUCAUCAUCGAGGAAAUUUCACACAUACGUGCUACCGACACCAAUUGAUCCAAAGAAUUCAGUUCCUUCAGGGUCUGGUAAUUCUGUGCCUCGAAAAAGUGGACACAAUUUGUCGCACUCGUCCCCCUUGGAACCAAAGAAACUCGAGAAGAUUUUUGGAGAAAAGAAAUUGUCAGGAUCACCGAUUGCAAAUGCAUCAUCAAUACUCAGAGAGAGCAACAAUAAUAUUCCAUCUACUCAACUACCACCUCCUUCAGUUGAUGGGUUCUCAUUACCACAGCUCAAUCCAUGUGUGACUUCUUAUUCUGAAAAAUUCAAACGACAAGCUUUUUCUGGUCCAUUGAUGAGGUCAACCAAGUCUUUUUCACCUGCUGAUAGUCCACUGGGCUCAAUUGAACAACACCAACUGUUUUCUGGACCUAUUUUGCGGAACCCUGCCUCCCCUUCUUUUGUGUCGUCACCAAGAAUAAGUGAGCUUCAUGAGCUUCCUAGGCCUCCUGCCAAUUUUAACAAGUCUGAAAGAUCUUCAGGUUUUGUUGGUCAUUCUGCUCCAUUGGUCCACAGGCAUCAAGUGCUUUCUACUGCAAAUGAAUUUGUGGUGUCAAAUGCAGCAUCACCACUGCCAACACCUCCUCAGAUCCUCCCUCGUUGUUUCUCCAUACCCUCUGGUAGUCAAAGAAUGACAGUGUUGCAGGUGCCCCAGCAGUUGAUAGGUUCUCAGAAUUUAGCAGGGGCUGAAGACAUUGCUUCGCCUCCUUUGACACCACUUUCCUUAUCAAAUAUCCAGCUAGCAUCAACUGCCUCUGUGACUGUCAUUUCUGCUUGUCAAAUUAAAGAUGAAAACUGAUUCGACGCACUUUUGGAUAAUUUUUCCCUUACAUACUGGGAACCAAAUCUUAUUACUUGUAGGACAAGAUUUGAUUUCCCUAAUUGUGUACAGGUGCGGAUCUGUAUAUAAAGUCAUCCUCAAUUAUUUUUAUGCCAUCAUAUUGACUUUAUCCUCCUGAGUUAUUUAUGAUGACGAGCACGCACCAUAAGUGCAGUAAAUAAUGUGCGCAAUCCAUCAUUUGAGGAAUUUUGUAAUCUUUCCGAGAAAUUAUCAAUCAAUUUUCAGUCUGUCUUUUAAUUUUUAUAUUUUUAAAAAAUUAUUUUUUUAGUUCUUUUCCUGCCUUUUAAAACUUAGAAUCUUUGAUUAUUCCUAUGUUCAAUUCUAUAGGUGAAGGAUUUAUAGCAACGUAUUGUGUUGCUUGCUUGAGCCUUGAAUGCAGUUCAUCUCAACAGUGCGACUUAAUUAAUGCUUGCUGCUGCUGCUGCUGCUGCUGGUGGUUUUUUGGUUGUGUAGAAUGUUUGCUUGCUUUUCUAAUAAUACUGUGUUUUUAAAGUUAAAAUUAGGGGUUGCCUAUCAUGAAUUUAAUUUUUUCAUGCUUCCAGCAUAUGUACAAUUUCUUCACCAUGCACUUCAAUUCAAAUCCAUUUCGAUGUCUA